UUUCGACAAGUCAAGUGCAAGAUUUGUGCUGUGGCUCAGCUGUGCAUUGGUGUUGGCGUGCGAGUUCGGAGUAUUCCCUAGUCGAAAGUCUGUUAUGUUUUUAAUACAAACAUUCACAAAAUAUGGUUAGUGCUGAGAAUAAGACCAAUCAUGCAAGUUCAGAUAAGGCAUUUGGAGACCUGGCUUGGCUCCCAAGUAGCCACCAGGGCAAUCAACCAGAAACAACAGAAUUCGUUCCAUUUCACGCAGAAGGAUUGAAGGAGAAGUUGUUGCGAAAAACGAAAGAAAAUCCGUUCGUUCCCGCUGGGUGUCUGCUAACAGCAGCUGUCUUAUCUUAUGGACUGUGGAGCUUUAGAACUGGCAAUAUGCAGAAGUCACAGACGAUGAUGCGACUGCGUAUUGGUGCACAAGGCUUUACAAUUGGAGCCCUUCUUCUUGGAAUUGGAAUAAAUGUGCGGAAUCAGUCUAAGAAGCCUGUUCAUUAGUGACAGUCCCUGCUUGAUGCUUAGUCAUUAUUUACCUUUGUAAUAAAGGAGUUUUGUAUAAACACAAAGUUCAUAAACUGAUAACGUUAUGUAGAGUACAUAAAUGUACCUGUUCUUGUACAUAAUGCAAGGAUUAAUAUUUACUACAUAUAGGAGAUAAGGCAGUGUAGCUAAAUCUCCUGUAGAUACAUAUUGUCUAGUGUUUUAUCUGUUUUCACACAAAUUAUGAGUUUCCUUCUGUAAUAAAAAUUAUAUACCUUAGUGCUCUUA